UUUGCCUUGUUACUGUCAUUUCAGAGUAAAAGACAGACCAUGUUUUACUACCCCACUGAUCCAAGUGUGAAGUAUGGUGUGUUUGCAGUGAGAUGGGAAAAUUUCAAAGCACAUUACUACACUCGGGGCGCAGCUCACAGCGAGUCAACCCCGGACAACAGCUGCUCAUUACUGGCCUUCCUCAAGUAUCACGACCCCCCUUUACUCUUUAACCUGGAAACAGACCCGUCUGAAAACUAUAACCUUGACGGCGAUCAAUGGGACGCUGUCCGCAAGCAAAUCCAGGCUGUCAAGCAGCAGUUUGAGGCGUCUAUGGUGUUUGGAGAGAGUCAGAUAUCCAAAGGCAUUGACUCUUUACUCGAGCCCUGCUGCAUUCCUAAUUGCAGACCGAAACCUGAAUGCUGCCGCUGCAAUUCUGCACUUUAAUGGCCCGCACACUGCCAGAUGCCAACAUUAUACAGCACAGUAACAUAACAUUACAGUA